UGCACUUCACACAAAUGGCGAACCAAACCGGAGCCUAGCCCACAACAUCGAUAUCUGAUUCCGGUUAGUAGGUGAGUACCGAAUGUUGUAGAUUCCAAAACAAAAACACGAGUUCAAUCGCCUUAUCACAGCCGAAAGCAUGCACGUUCCCCAAUCGGUGCGCGGCGGCCGAGCCUUAUCGCACCUGCACGAUAUUGAUGACGAACUAAUUGAUGUUUCAACUGUCCGGCUGGACUGAGGUUUUAAUUUUGUACUGUGCAUUUAGAAGUGGUGAAGCAUAGGUAUAUUGAAAAGGCUUGUCUUCACCGAUUAGAAUGUAGCCGGUAUCGAAAGUUUGUAACACUUUAUCAAAGUCGAAAGUGAUAUGAACGGUGUAGUCAUACUAUUAUCAUCGGUGCCAAAUCUCUCUCUGAUAACGUGGGCGAGACGUUUGGAACUCCCCUGCGUGGAAGAUUUUGUUCAGUGUUGUGCUAAAAGUGUUCAACAAUGGCUGUGAAGUGUUUUUCCCUUCUAUUGUUGGGAAGUCUUCUACUGAUUUCCGUGCAAUCGCAUGGCACAAGUGAAUUCUACACCUCGGUGGCCAAUUUGGUGGAUCUGCUGGAUAGCGAACAAAACAUCCUGUCACGGUUGGAUAAAUACAUUCGAUUAUCAGAGGAGAAGGUAAAAUUCCUCAAGAAGCAGAAGGAACAGAUUAAAAAUGAGAUCAAAGAUGCAUCAAAAGACCCCAUUUCGUUCGUAUCGAACCCGAUCAAUGCAUUUUUGUUAAUGAAACGCUUGGUGGAUGAUUACAAGAAAAUUGACGAUCUGAUGCAAAUGGGACUGGAUGUCCAUCUGUUUGAUGAUUCAAUCAAACAGCCAUCACAGAAUGAUUACAAAGGUGUCGUUGAAGGUUUGGGGCAUUUGCAAGAUUUGUACAAAAUGAAAGCUGAAGAUUUAGCUCAAGGAGAGAUAUUAGGACAAGUGAAAGCCCGGGAGUUGGCAUCCAACGAAUGCUACACCAUUGGAGCGAUUCUGAGUCAAACUAAGCAAUACGACCACUCGAUUGCAUGGCUAAAGGAGGCAUUGCGUCGAUGGUCACUUGAAUCUAGCAAAUCAAUUAGUAAACUCGAAAUCUUGGAUUUUCUGUCAUAUAGUCUGGCUGAGGAUGGUCAAUACGAAGAAGCGCUCAAAUAUACCAAUCAGCUGCUGAAACUCGAUCCCAAAAAUGAGUCAACUUUAAAGAAGAAAGAAGUGGUCGAACAAUGGUUGAAGCACAUCGAAGAGAAUGGACCAAACCACAGGCCUUCGAAACCUUAUCGAGGUUUGUACGAACCUUUAUGCCGAGGCGAAUAUCAAAGAUCUCCGGCAGAUGUUGCCAAUUUGCGAUGUCGAUAUGAGUCGAAGCGCUCUCCAUUUCUGAGGAUUGCCCCAUUCAGGAUGGAAGAAGCGAGUUUAGAUCCCUACAUUGUAAUCUAUCAUAACGCCAUUUCGGACAAAGAAAUUAGUACAAUACUACAAAUUAGCAAACCACUGCUCAGCAGAUCUAUGGUGGGCGAGAGCUUCUCCAAGGAAGUUUCCAAAGAAAGAACCAGCCAAAAUGGUUGGCUGGCUGACCAUGAUCACGAAGUAGUGAAGGUAUUGAGUCUGAGAACCGAGGACAUGACAGGCCUGGACAGGAGAAGUUACGAAAGCCUGCAAGUAAACAACUACGGAAUCGGAGGAUUCUAUCUUCCACACUUCGAUUGGGUGAGAACGAAUGGAACAGAGGAACCCUACAAAGACAUGGGACUUGGAAAUCGAAUUGCUACGUUGAUGUAUUACCUGAGCGACGUCGAGCAAGGUGGUGCCACAGUGUUUCCACAGAUUGGGGUUGGUGUGUUCCCAAAGAAAGGUUCAGCGAUUUUCUGGUACAAUCUGCUUCCGGAUGGCAGAGGUGACGAAAGGACACUGCAUGGUGCUUGUCCGGUACUUCUAGGAUCAAAAUGGGUUGCCAAUAAGUGGAUCCACCAGUAUCAUCAAGAAUUCAGACGACCAUGUGAUCUUCAACCGAACAAAGCUUACAAGCUUACUUGAACAGAUCUGAUGUAUUGAGAAGCAAAUAAAAAAACUGGAAGGUUUACAAACUCGAUGAAUACGUUUUUAUAAUAAAAUGU